GAUGAACAUUUAAUUUGGAUCGGUUUUGAUUUAAAACACCCCUAGUUACAACUAUGGAAUAAAUACAUCGAGCGGGAAUCUGAGCAACGAAGCGGCCCGUAACCCGUUGGAGAGAAGAGUCCAGUCCAGCCAGGGAAGGAGAGGGGCAAGGGCACGGUUGCCAACACGUAUUUAUUCAUUUACUCACUCGGUCCUAACAAGAAGUAAGGAGAGAAAGAUGUACUAUCUACUGAAAACAGAGGCGUCUGAGUGGUCGUGGGAGGACCAAGCAGCCAACGGAGGCAUAACCAAGUGGGAUGGAGUCAAGAACAGGCAGGCCCAGAACUACCUCAAGUCCAUGUCCCUCCACGAUCUCUGCUUCUUCUACCACUCCGGCAACAAGGCCCGCCGCAUCGUCGGAGUUGUCACAGUGGUGCGCCAGUGGUACCAAGAGGGGGACGCCGGGGGUGCUGUCGAUGUCAAGGCGGUGGGAGAGAUGCGGAGGCCGGUGGACCUCAAGGAGAUCAAAGGGGAUCCUGAGAUGAAAGGCUUCGCUCUCUUCAGGCAGCCUAGGCUCUCAGUUGUGCCCGUGUCCGACCACAUCUGGAACAAAAUCUGUGCGCUCGGAGGCGGCUAUGAAGGUGACGCUCACGCUGCUGCGUCACCGAUUUGAUUUUUACUUUGUAAAUUGUAUCUUCCAUCGCUGUUCCUAACUUCUUUUUUUUUUGGACAGUUAACUUCUUUCGCCUCCCAGUUUUUUUGUUUUUUUCAAAGCUUGUUGGGUUAUUGAAUAUGGCUUGCCUAGCAUCAAAACUUCA